AACAGCAAGCCCCUAGCACUAAUAGCACGGGAUGAAUAAAUGUUAUUUAUGCCCCGCUUCGAUCUACUUACAACUCGGCACAAGAAAUAAUAGGCGGAAACUAAACAUCUCACGAAAUCGCGCAUCAUCAGGUGGUGAAUUUGUACUACGUAAAAGAUAACUCGUAGAACAUCAACCUCAUCAAGCAUACUCUUACUCAUUAUUGCAUCUUUUGAAUCACUUAGACUUUCGCUUUUCACAUCACUGAAUAAGAAAAAAUGGUGUCGGGACCGAGCAAAGCGAUGUCAGAGAACACGUCAUCCUUCGUGGUGACGAACCAGGCAUUGACGUGCAACAUUCAGCCGUUGGCUUUGAUGACCAUCUUGGAUGCUUUUCAGCGAAGACCGAAGAAGGAAAGCAGAGCGAUCGGUAGGGUCCCUAUACUUGUGACUCAAGGACACCACACGUUUCCUUGACUCAAUCAUGUCAGUCCUUUUGUUUAUGUUUUCCCUAUACUUGUUAUGUCUGUUUUUGUUUUUUCUAGUUUUUAGGUCUGCUCCACCAGCCUUAGCCAUGUAUGUGUUGAAGAUAAUUAUGAUAAAAAUGAUAGACAAGGUAAUCGAGUUGCCCGUGUUGUCGGAGUAGGGUACAGCAAAAUUAAAUGUUUUGCCUUUUUCAAAUGAAAUUCAACAACAUUAGUUCACCACAAAACAAAAAAUAUCAGGUACGCUGAUGGGUAUGGUAACUGAAGGUGGUGUUUUGGAAAUCGUCGACGCGUUCCAAGUCCUCCACAGUGAUUCAGCGGAAAGAGGUACAACAUGAACAUCCAGUGUUCACUCCGUGUUUGUGAUUGAGCAUUUUUCAUUUCCGUUUUCUUGUUCCUUUGAAUCAUCCAUUGAUAUUGAAUCCACGAAUUCAGAUCUCCAACUCAAUGACAACGAUUUUCGUCCUCCAACCAACCAACCAACCAACCAGACAACCAGACAACCAAGGAACUGAAUACGCAACUACACAACAUCAAUACAUCAAACACAGGUGUCCUCCUCGAUCAGAACUACCAUCAAAAGUUUGUGAAGCUGAGGCAAAGCGUGCACCCCAAGGAACAAGUUAUUGGUUGGUUUUCAGUGGGUGAGGCACAUCAGUUGGAUGAGAGCACACAAGCUAUUCAUGAGUUCUACCGAAAGAAGGAAAGCAAAUUCGCAGCACAACCAGCACAGAACUUUCGCGAUCCGGUCUACUUGCAGGUAUGUGCUUGUGGUUAUUGUGGGUUACUCUACUUAGAUGAGUGGUUAUUAUGGUUAACAAGGUAUGUUCCAUGGCUUGGGGCUACGGUACCCCCCCACUUAGCGUAGGGGGGGCACCGGUAGCCCCGGACCCCUUUUGGAGGCGUCUGCCGGGGGUGGAAGGCCUCAAAGGGGGGCCGAGUGACCUCCGCCGCCCCCUUCCAGGUGCUUGGCUGUCCCCAGAGGCCUCCGACGUAGGUGGAAGGCCUCAAGAGGUGCCCAGGGGGCCGCCUCUGCUUCCUUUCCAGGUGCUUGGCUGUCCCGUACAGGCCUCCGGUGUAGGUGGGAGGCUUCAAAAGGGGCCCAGGGGACCGCCUGCGCCCCCUUCCAGGUGCCUGCCUGUGCCCUAAGUGCCUCCGGUAUGCUUCGCUGCCGCAGCAGUGCGCCGGUUAUGGAAGGCCCCCGAAGGCGGCAAAAGGCGAGGGGCUGGACCCCCUGAGCCGUGCGGCUUGUACCUUCUGGGCCCUUGGUCAUCGGCUUGGCUUGCUGGAUCUUGCGACCGUCGCCGCCUUCGGCGGCCUUUUACCCUGGAGGCCUCCCGCCUGCGAGGGUCAGCAGAGGCCAGGAGGUCCCUGAGGAACACGCAGAGAGGCGAAGGGGCCGCCUGCGCCAAGUGUUGACGCCUUCCACCACUAGAAUCCGCGAAAAUCGGCGCGGAAAAGCGCGCGCGCGCGCCACCGCAGACCUUACCACAAAGGGGGGGCACUGUGCAGACCUAAAACAUAUCUGGUUAUUAUCUAGGCUGAGGCUAUCGUACUUAUGGGUUAUUCUAACAAGGUUAUUCUACUUCGAAGGGCCUUAUGUCUAUGUAGUUUUCCCAAUCAAGAUUCAGAAGAUUGAUUUUGAAAGAGCUUGCAAUUAGAUUAUCUACUACUUGAUUAUCUACUUCUUCUUGUUCCAAUUUCUCAUUUUCUUACCCAUCCAAACUACCACACUUCUCACCUCCCCCCUUCACACCCGCCACACAUACAUAAUCCCCUACUGCUCUUACUCUAGUACAGUACCCCAUUGCCUUCCCACCACAUGCAUAAUCCCCUCCUACUCUUACGCUAGUACAGUACCCCACUCCCGUGCCGCCACAUGCAUAAUCCCCUCCUACUCUUACGCUAGUACAGUACCCCACUCCCGUGCCGCCACAUGCAUAAUCCCCCACUUCUCUUACGCUGGUACAAGAAUCCGCCAGCACUCCCACCCACCCUCCCACCAUCAUCAAAACAAGGUCGACACCGCUGUUCGUGAUUGCGCUACCCCGAUCGAAAUCAAAGCCUACACCAGUGAUUUUGUCGCGGCUUCAGAUCAGGGAUUAAUCCACUUUUAUGAAUUGGCGAUCGCCUCUCGGUUCGCGAAGGGUGACAUCCACGACGGCCAGGAACAGCAGAUCGUAAACAUGCUCUCUCAGGCAUGCCAAAAGAGAACUGCAGUUGGAGAGAAAGCUGUUACGGUAUAAUUAGGGUUUUGAUGUACAUGUGUAUAAUGACGCCCUUAAGGCAGUCUGCACUGAACUUUGUGCGAGAUUAAUUGUAUAUACAGAGUGUUUCUACAACAACAGCAAGCAUCUUCUACUAUUUGAAGUAUUUAGAUGCUUUGCCGAAAUAGAAAUUGCGUUUGGAGAAACGAUCGCAUUACGAAGACUGGUCCUGUUGAUCUGUAAUGAUGAAUCUCGUUGAUCCGUAAUGAUGAUGUUGAUUUUCUUGUUGUGUGAAAAUAGAAGCAAGUUCUCUCAAUGCCUAUCCCAUUUCCUCCCCACAGCUCGCUUCCCUCGACAAUUUCGGCAAGCAGCUUGGAGAGCUGCGAGAACUCUUCACUCUCGCCAGGGAGUACAUCAAGGAUGUGAAAGAAGGCAAGAAGCCAGCCAAUGUCGAGGUUGGCCGCGCCUUGUCUCGAGCACUAGAAUCCGAACUCCCAGAUGAGCAGGCUUUGAAGAAGCUGGUCACUGGAGCCAGCCAAGACGCUCUUAUGGUGCGAUACUUGAGCAGCCUGUGCAGAACGCAGAUCUUGUUGGCCGAAAAGAUUCAGCGAAUCUUGAGCGCCACGCAGAACCAGGAUCAGUAAGUGGACGACAACGAUUAAACCUUUAUGUCAAGAACAUGAAGAUUACAGGUCCACAGCAUACAUUGUAUAACAACUUCAUCGACAUCGACUUCGGCAUAUGGUUUGUCAUGUUGCCACAAAAAUUGCAGAAGAACUCAGUCUCAUCUCAAAAUUACACAUCAAGAUCGACAAAGACUUGGCCUUCAUCCCGCAUGAAGGUUCAAGAUGUCUCACUAUGGAUAUCUCUAUCUAGCGUAUUAAGAAUAACAUCCCAUUUUCACUAAUAUUUUACUCACUUUGGAUGAAUACUUCUGUAUGACGACCGUAAAUGUAACCAAAACUUGCAUCUCCUGCAACAACCUAGAGCAGGAGUUCAUAUUUGCACCCUCGAUACGAAGAUCAACGCAGGAUCACAUGUCAUACAACUAGCUACACAUCAGAUGAAAAUUUACGCACUGUAAGUCAUAGUACCAUCGUUUUAUCGAUUAAUACAAAACGAGUCGAAGGAGCCGGUGAAAAUUACGGUGUGUGAAAGCAGGGCGUACCAGCCGCAUUUGCAACCAGUGUCCA